AUGUCUGCAAAUAACUACUUUCCACAUGCCAAGGGUGACCUGUCCCCCUUCGAUGUUGAUUCCGGUUUCGUCGGCUACAACACCUCAACGAAAGCCUGGCUUGCCUCCCUCAAUCCAGCAACGGGCAAUACUGACGAGGACAAUGCCAGGCUGCUGACUACCGCUGCCUAUGCGCACUCAUUCGAUGAAACCGAUGAGAACAUGGCCAACGGUGUCAGAGACCUGCUCGUCGCCGUCGCUGGCAAUGCCACCACCAUUGCUGACAAUCAUACUGCCAUUAUUGACAGCGUAAGGAUAUCAUGGAUGGAGAUGCAUAGCCUACUCCAGACUCCAUGCGCUGUAUGAGGGAAUUAUUACUCUACCCACGAAUGAAAUACGCAGCAGAUGCAAGGCUUCACUGCUGAUCUGCGUGCCCGACAGCGCCGAUCCAGCCUGGCGCAGUUGAUAAGGCUGUCCUUAGCAUUACGACUGCUCCACGGAGUCGAAAAAAGGAGUUCGAUCCGGAUACUGCAUGCAAACAGACAGAGACAGGCAUCCAGUGUAAAAUAGGCAUAUGCUUUGUUCCAUUUGAAAGGACAAGGACAAUCUGUUCCGUAGCUGCUGGCCACCAUCCCCGAGUGUGUCCUCUGUUGAAUCCCACUUCUGGCCCUU